AUGACCGCCGCGGCACUGCCAUCCGGCUCGUUGCGCAGCGACGGGGCGGCCCCCCCCGAGGAGCAGCGCGGCGGGCACUCGCCCGCCCUGCUGACCCACUUGCACCCGUCGCCCGCGUGCGGUCACGGCCCGCACCGCGGCCACAAGCCCUGGGCGGCGGGCGACCUCAAGCCCGGCGCGCCCCAGGACCUCGCCUCCUCGCCGCCGCCCUCCGCGCUCGGCGAGGCUGCGCUCAUCGGCGAGGCCGCAUGGUGGCCAGCCCUGGGCCGCCGCUGCAGCCUGCCGGCUGUGGCGCUCGGGCUCGUGCAAGGCUGCGCGACCGUGCCGCUACUGCUCGAGUUCACGGACAAGCUCGCGGGCGGCCUCGCCUGUGGCUGCCCGCGGGCGGUGGAGGAGCUUGGGCGGGGCGCCGAGGUCGAGGCCGGGCUGCUCUCGGCCGCGCUGCGGGCCUGCGACGUGCUCGGCUUCGUGUCCGUCGAUGCGCUGGCGGGCACUUGCUGCGCCGCCGGCGAGGGGUUCUGCGAGCUGACCGAGGUGCUGAGGCCAGGGUCUCUGGUCGCUAGCGCUCUCAGGAGCGUGCACUCGGCCAUGAUCCGGGGCAGGUCGCCCUCCGACCAGCUGGGCGCGUGCCUGGUGGCGUGGGGCGCGCGCCGAGCCUGGGCGGGCUCCCGGUCGCUGGGGCUGCUGUUGGACGGGGCCGUGCUGACGCCCCUGCUCGCGGCGGCCGGGCGCUUCGCGCGGGCGGGCCGGCGGCUGGACUUCGCUGGGCUGGACCGCCAGCUGCAGGCGGGCCUGGAGGGCGUGCUCGACGAGCUGCUGGACCUCGGCGAGAUGGACGCUGCGGGCUGCGUGGGCCUGACGUCGCGCGGCUGGGGGGAGCUCUGGUCCUUCUGCAGCAUCCUCGCCCCGCUGGCGCCGCUGCUGCCGGUUCCCUGCAGUCCGCCCAGCGCGCCGCCGGACAGCGCGUCCGCGGCAGACUGCCCCGACAGCCCGCAGCACGUGCUGUGCGCGAAGGACCUGCUGCACCAGGUGCGCGCCGUGUUCAACGCCGGGCCCUUCAAGGCGCAGCCGCGCUUCGUCGCCGCAGCUGGAGAGGGCGCUGGCGCUCUGCUGGUCUCCGUGCGGCAGCACGUGCAGCGCUUCACGCAGCGCGGGGCCCUGCUGGACGCCUUCCCGCUGACGGCCGUCGUGGUGGCGACCGACAAGGCGCAGGGCGCGGCGCUGAAGAGGGCGAACCCGCAGGCCUGGUUUAAGGUGGUCGUCGGCGGCGCUGGCUCCGCGGAGCAGCUGCUUGCUGCUCUCGCGAAGGCGCGCGCGGCACCCCAGGAGACCCUGCUCCUGGCCCCCCUGCUGUGCGGCGACGUGCUGGCCACGCCGCCGAGGAGACCGCUGGACGAGGCCAGCACCGCGGGCGCCUUUGCGCGGGGCGCGCUGGGGAGUCUGCCAAACCUGGGCCCCGAGGGCAGGCAGGUCUCGCCGUGCGCAGUGUUCGCCUCCCUGGUGGAGCGCCUGGGGGACCAGUUCGGCGCGAAGCUGGGCGCGACCGCGGGGAUCUGCUGCCAGGACCCCACGGCGCUUGGCGUGCAGGCGUUGCGGCAGUCGUUCAUGCAAGGCGCGCCGCUCUGCGGGGACCUGGCGCACGGCCUCGGGCGCGGGGCGCUGGUGCCGGCGCCAGCGCUGGCUCUGGCGGCGGCCAUGGCAGGGCUCAUCCCCGACUCGGUCGAGAUGCUGCGACAGGUGUCCACUCAGCCCGUGGGCGCGGGGUAUUGCGGCACGUUGAGCCAGUGCCUCAGGCUGCAGCCGUUCCAGAUCCGGCUGGCGGAACAGGCCGACUUGCCAGAGUUGAUGGCCCUCGAGGAGCAGUGCUGGGCCGCCAACCUCCGCGCAACGGAGCUCGCGAUGCGCGCGAGGCUGAGCACGUCCCCCGAGACGGUCCUCGUGGCCACGAAGGAGGACGGCCGCCUGGUGGCGGCGCUGUGGAUGCAGCGGAUCGACGAGGAGACCGACGUCCUCCAGAUGCAGUACGAAGGUACCCACCUCCACCACAGGCCGGCUGGCAAGCUCGUGCAGCUGCUCGCGAUCGCCUCGAGCGAGACCGGCGUGGGAAACAAGCUCAGGAACUUCGCGCUGCACCUGGCGUGCCUGGACCCCACCGUCGAGGGGGUGGUCGCUGUCACCCGCGCCUCCGACUUUCACGGCGGCAGCCCCACUGAGAUGGAGGAUUACAUCGACCAGGUCGCCGCAGGCCACUCGCGGGACGGCACCGUCACCGGCUUCCAUAUGGACGCGGGUGCGCGGGUCAGGUUCGCGGUGCCCAAUUAUCGCCACAAGGACACCGACAACUUCGGCUACGGCGUGCUGAUCCGCUACAACAUUCUCGACAGGGCCUCCCUCGGCCGGCCUCUGCUGCAGCCUGAGCAGGCGGCGACCGAGGGCGCUGCCAGCGAGGAUGCGGCACCGCUGUUGGGCGGAGGGUCGCGCGAGUUGAUCGAGGGCCUCUGCCGGAAGCUGGCGCCGGAGGACGACAUCACGCAGCCGUUCAUGGACUUCCUUGAUUCCAUGGAGGUAUCGCAGCUCUCGGACAUGAUCGGGAGGGAGAUCGGCAGGAGGCUGAACCCCACCGUGGUCCUGGACUACCCGAGCGUGGAGCUGCUGAGCGCGCAUCUGGACGAGACCGUCUUCGCUAGGGCCAAGGCCGGGCAGGGGACCCCUUCGGCUCAGCAGGCCACGAGGCCCACCCUCUUGAGCUGGGACGGGCUGUCGGCGGCCGACUUCGAGACCCUCCAGCGGGAGGUCGUCGGCACCCUCCGGUCCGAGGGGCUCCAGGCGCACCUCGCGCGCCUGGCCUCGGAGCACGAGGGGUGCAGGCACACCUACCUGAUCGCCGCGGCCCCCGUCGUGGAGGCCGUCCAGCGGGAGGUGCUCGCCCGCUUCGGCCUCCUGCAGCGCCCGGACGACCCGGCCGAGGCGGCCGCCCGGCUGCGGGAGCUCGAUGCCCAGCGGCAGCGCUCUUGGGGCGAGGGUGCCCAGCUCCAGGAGAGUUGUUCUCCCACAGCGACCGCGCGCUGCUCUGCGCCCUCGAGCGCAGCCAGUCCGCGGGUGCGCAGCAGUGAGCGCGCGGGAGGAAGUGGAGAAGCGAGGCGCGAUGAGCGCGGAAGAGAGAGAGAGAGAGAGAUGAAGACUGAUGAUGAUGUCGAUGAUCCGCUGCAGCUGAUACGCUCUGGAGCUCAAGCUGGAAAGCCGUCGGAGCCCGAACGCUUCUCUUGGUGCCUCGCUUUAGGGCGUGCCCUGUCGGCACCUGCAUCGCCGCCACGUGAGAGAGAGAGAGAGAGAGAGAGAGAGAGAGAGAGAUAG